GGCGGGCGAGCGGGCGCCGGGCUUCCUGCGGCGGGAUGGGCCGGGCCGGCGGCUGCGAGGUCGGUGAGUGCCGCGGCCUCGAGCCCCCCGGCCCCUUGUGCCACCCUCGUCCCGCCGCACGCGCAAUUCUCCCCCGCACACACCUGUGCGUGCGGUGUCCUUCUCCCCGGCCGCACCCCCCGUGCCCCCGCGCGCACUUGCAUGUGCGCACAAGCCCUCCCCCGCCUCCCAGUGCACAGGUGCGUGUGCAGCCCCCCCCGGCCACGUGCACAGGUGCGUGUGCAGCCCCCCCCUGCCGCGUGCACAGGUGCGCGUGCAGGCCCCCCCCCGCGUGCCCCGUGCACAGCCCCUCCCCCCUCGCGUGCUGUGCCUGAGCCCCGGCCUGUGGCCCCCGCGGCCCCCCGAUGCCAGCAGCGCGUGGCCGUUGCAGGGGGGCCGCGCGGGCGACGGGCCCUGGCGCGCUGCGGGCUGUGGCUGGUGCUGCUGGGCCACGCCGGCCUCGUGCUGGGCGCCAUCGUGCACGGCGCCGUCCUGCGCCACGUGGCCCGGCCCACGCGCGCCCGCUCCACGCAGCACGAGUACACCACCGCCAACGUGGUUGCCGUCACCUCCGGCUUGCUGAGCAUCGGGACCGGGAUCGUGGCCAUCCUGGUGUCCCGGAACCUGCUGCGAGCCGCCCUGCACUGGGCCCUGCUGGGAGUGGCACUGCUGAACGGGCUGCUGUCAGCGGCCUGCAGCCUGGGCCUGGCCCUGGCCGUCUCCCUCACCGUGGCCAGCCGUGGCACCCACCUGGUUGCCGGCUGCAACAGCUCAGACCUCCCAGCCGAUGCCCGCAUCGCCUUUGCCACCAAUGACUGCCCCUUCGACACCACCCGCAUCUACGACACAGCCCUGGCGCUCUGGCUGCCCACCAUGGCGGUGGCGGCGGCGGAGGCUGUGCUCUCGGGCAGGUGCUGCGUCGUGGCUCUGAUCCUCCGCGGCAUUGGGCCCUGCGCCCCCGCCUGUGUCCAGGAGCAGCUGGAUGAGGCGGCUGUGGAGAGGAUGGAGACGACUUCGGUGCCUGCGGACCUGCCCCGGCGUGAGACUCACCGGCUGCUGCCUGCCCGGGCUGAGGCUGAGCACCAGGCUGAGGCCCGUGUGUAGAGGGAACGGCUGCCUGAGGCCCCAGCAGGGCUGCAUCCUUGUAGUGGCAGCCCCCGGCCCCGGCUGGACCCGCGGCCCCAGCCUGCUCCGCUCCGUGCACAGGUGCCGGCCGGGCUGGCCUGACACUUCCUCCGCUCUCCGGUGCGGCUGCAGGAGAGCCCUGGGCCCCCACCGGAGGCGGGGGACGCAGGCAGCAGGAAGGCCAGGCUGCCUGUGUCCCAGGCUGGGCCCGCAUGCUUCCCCCGCACGGGACUAGGGGCCCUGCCCCAGCGCUGGGGCCUGGCCGAGGGGCUGCAUCUCCGGGGGUGGGGGGGAAGGAGCCGCAUGAGGCCAGGCCAGGGGCUGCUUCGCUGUAAGAAUAAAGCUGUGCUGUUCCACCCCCCGCA